AUGCAGCUUGUUGUUAUGGUAACAGUGCUGGCGCUGGUUGGUGUGAGUAACAGUUGCAGUUUUGGCUGCUCCCAGCAAGGCGUCAGCAUCCCCGUGGAGAGCUGUGGCAAAAUUGAGUAUGUCAACACAACUGUAUGUGAAGGUCAUUGCUACAAUAAGGAUCCUGUCUACUAUUCUCCCGUGCACCGAAAUAAACAGUACGUCUGCAAUGGAGUAUGGAUCUAUGAAAACAAACUCAUCGAAGGUUGUUCAGUGGGUGUUACCUACCCUGUGGCCAAAAACUGCACAUGUACUUCAUGUAACGGAGACGACACAUACUGUGGACUCUUCCCUGGUUCAUGCUGAGUUGUUUUUAAAGCACUUUUGAUUUGAAACUUCACACACAUAAAAAAUGGUGGAUUUAAAUGCAUUUAAAUGUGAAAAAAUAAAAUUUUUAUUCCUGCAAUAUGCAAAUUUUCACAGAAAUAGUACAUUGUAGCUAUAAAUCUCAUUUGUAUUUAUUUGGAUGUCCCCUUGCAUGAAGUUCUGAGAAAAUAAAUAUUCAACAGUAACAACAAGGAAAACAAAUGCCUGAAAACUACAUACUUAAAUCUUUGUUAUAUUUCCAUUGCUAAGGACUGCAUUCAUGUCAUCAUCAUAGGUUCAUUUUAAAAUAAUUGGAGAUUGGUAUCACACUUACACUUAGAUGCAUGUUAUCUUUUUAUGCCCCAAAUGUACAGUAUACUGAAUCUUUGUACUAGUGACUCCAACUGCCAAAGAGCAAUUCCUUGUGUUAUCAGAUAAUUCUGAUCUGCAACAGUAAAAUGUAACAAGAAAUCCACGCCAAACUACAUUCAUAGAAAUCCUUCAACUAUCAGCUAACAUAUAUUCCCAAAGGCCAUUAGUGCCAUUAUGUUGGUAUAUACAAGACCAAGAGGAGGCAAAAUAUGUUUCUCCAUAUAAUUGAGGUUGAAUCAACAUUUAAUGAUAAUUUGGCAUGAAUCUUUUUCUAUGAAAAUACAUCUUUAAAAAUCCUUCUCUAUAGUUUAUUGAGCAUCAACAAUGCAGUAUAAUACACUCCAUAGAAAAGAAAGAAAUAAUGGCUGGACUUUUACAUUGAUUAGUCAUAUGGGGUAAAUUGGUCCUAGGUGAUGGACCAGACAAAGCACGGCUCAAAAAACCAAGAAAAACAUUUGGUUAACGUUUUCCUUUGCCUGCACACAGCUCACCAGGGCCCCCUCUGGAGCCAUGCGUAGAAGUAGGGCUUGGUGGAAAGCGAUUGGUGGCUUGGUCUACAGCAGGCACACAUGAAAAGAUAAUACAGCAUGGUACCUCUACUGAUGAAAGUAAUCCAUUCCGAAAGUCAUUUUGUAACUGGAAUUUUUUAUCAGCACGUUACAUGUAAAUAGCCUAAUCCGUUCCAAGCCCCCUGACCCACUCCCCCACUAAAAAUAACCAAAGUACAUAAUGUAAAGGAUAAUGGAAAUGAUGUUGAGUUACCUUUUGUCUUGGUCGACUUUGCAAAGAGAAGGGUGAGUGACAAGCAAAAGGUAUUGUGGGGGAUGGAGGAGGCAAAAGUUUGAGAGCUGAGAGGAAACAAAUACGAAAGUACACACGCACACCACUUCAUUGCACUGAAGUUGUUUGGGGCCCAUGGUGAAUAAAGAUGAAUAAACUUGCAAAAUGAAAUGAAAAACGGUGACAGUUGAGUGUCCAAGGGGAACGAAAACCAUCAUGGGUAAAGAUUGAGGUCCCUCCUAGCCAAUGGAAUGCCAGGAGGAUGCUAUGGCAAUCGUCAAUGGGAGAGCAGCCCUAGUGAGCCACACAAACAAAAUACAAGAUGCGCAUCAUGGGUAAAAAUUGAUAUUCUUCCUCGCCAAUGGGAUGGUCAGAAGAUGCUAUUGCGAUAGCCAAUGGGAGAGCAGCUCUAUCGAGCCACACAAACCAAGACACAGGAUGUUUAUGUUCAGUGGAAUUCGGUGGUUGCGAAUCCCCUGCCCAUUUUUUUCCCUUUCGUAUCAUGAGUUUUCCAUCAUAAAUAAAGACUAUUUUUCUGAGGAGACGUUUUGUAACCUAACUUUUUCGUUAGUAGAGAUGUUCAUAAGUAGAGGUACCACUAUAUAGGUAACCCUUCCCAUUGGCUCACCCUCUGUGAGGGGUUAUAUGGGUCAGGUUCAGUGUGUGCUCUGCAUCACCUACCUAACAACGAAAGAGUCUGAGCAGGUAUAAGGGGUUGGCUCUCUGUAUGUAAAUUGGCGUUCACCCCGAUAGACGAGAGUAAUUCAAGACAAACCAGGGAAAUCAAGGGGAAACUCACAGACUUAUUUUUUCUACUUUAAAACUAAUCAAUUGCUUUUCCAAAUACUUGAAAGCCACUGAAUAUAGAUCAACCAAAUAAUAUUAUUCAAAAUGUUUUACUUCAAAUUCAAGUGACAGCUAAAGCCAUUUAAAUGUUAUCAUUUGAACUGAAAGUCACAACAAAGGACCUUCAGUAAAAACUCUGGGCCUCAAAACAUAGGACCAUCAGAACCAACUCGAACAGCCUGAGUCUCAGAAAAUGACUACCUAGAUAAGAACUAGGCCUACCCUGAUUCCACCCUUAGAUGUUACAGUGAUGA